ACUGGUAGGUGCUGGGACCGGGGCAGUGGGCGCUAGGCAUCCCCUCCCUGCCAAGGGUGUCGCUGCCCGUGGUGCCGCCCACUCCGCGCAGCCCUCGCCUCCGGCCUUUGGCAUCCUCAUCCCACCCGCCCGGGACCAGCAUGCGCUCGGUGGCCUCUCGGGGUCUCAGCUGCUUCCUGCUCCUCCGUGACCUGGAGGCCUCCUCUGGGCACUCUCUUGCCAGUAGGGACCUUAACCCCGGGAGCGUGCUGAGCUUGGCCAGGCCUCUGUUCCAGGACCCCUUUAGUUCCAUCUGGGGUGACCAUCCAGGAACUCUGUGUUCUCUGAGACGUCACCUUAUUUAUAGGAAUUGCUUGCAACCAGAGUCAUGGUGGAUGUAGGAAAGUGGCCAGUCUUCACGCUGCUCUCCCCUCAAGAAAUUGCCUCAAUUCGGAAAGUGUUUGUCUUUGGCACCUCCGCCAACAAAGCACCAUAUGUUACUGACAAUGAUGAGGUCUUUGUAUUUGGACUGAACUAUAGUAACUGUUUGGGAACUGAAGAUAAUCAGAGUACACUUGUACCCAAAAAGCUGGAAGCCUUAUGUGGGAAGAAGAUUAAAAGCGUUAGUUAUGGGAGUGGACCACGUGUUCUUCUCAGCACUGAGGAUGGAGUUGUGGAUGCCGGGGGCCACAAUGGGUAGAGCCAGCUUGGGAAUGAGACAACCACCAGCACCAAUCUCUUGAUCAAGCAAGUGGUGGAAGUAGCACGUGGCUCUUGUCAUUCGAUGGCUCUGGCAGUUGAUGGAGAGGUGUUUGCUUGGGGCUGUAACAACUGUGGCCAGGUGGGGUCAGGAUCUACAGCAAAUCAACUUAUGCCUCGAAAAGUCGCAAACUGCUUACACAUUAAGAAGGGGGUCAGCAUCGCCUGUGGCCAGACGUCAUCCAUGGCUGUUUUGGACACGGGGAGAAUGAGAACACAGAGCACUGAUCAGGCACAUCACCACCAAGGCCCUGGGCACAAAACUCACAGCCUCGGGCUUCAGUUCUUAAAGUCUCCACAUUUACCGGCUUUAGCAAUGAACCCCUUCAGCAGAGGGCCAUCCAUUUGCCAAAACGCCGCAGUCUGGGUGACGUCUGUCAAAUGA